UGAGGGAAAAACAAAGGAAAAAAGAGGCUUUGGAAUUAGAUGCAUUGGGGUAAGUAGGGCGGGGCGGGUAGUGGCCACACACAUGAGAUACCUCCGGCUUUCCAGUAUCUGCCAAAACCAAAAUAGUACAAAAUUCGGAGAGAGAGAGAGAGAGAGAGAGAGAGAGAGAGAGAGAGAGAGAGAGAGAGAGAGAGAGAGGGAGAGUUUCCCAAGAGAGAGGUUACUUGUUUUCCAUUUCCGAUCUCGGCAUUGAAGUUUGCGAGCAGCAGCUGUAUGUAAAUGGAGGAUUCCACGUCUUCUUCCGAUGAACUGAAGAAGAAGGAUAUGGAGCAUCGGAAGAAGAAGAAGGAGAACAACAACAACAACAAGAAGGGGGCGUUGGGUUGGGUUGAAUGGUUGAGAGGUUGGAUGUACGUCAUUCACGAGAUGUUAUUCCAAAGAAUCAUGGCCAGCCAUCUGCAGAAUCCUAUGCCUCUUCCUCCCGUUAACGACCUUACUUGCAUUGUUACCGGAUCCACCAGCGGUAUUGGCCGCGAGAUUGCCAGGCAAUUGGCUGAAUCAGGGGCACAUGUUGUCAUGGCAGUAAGGAACCCAAAGGCUGCUCUCGACUUGAUCCAGAAGUGGCAAAAUGAAUGGUCUGGCAUGGGCCUUCCUCUCAACAUUGAGGUAAUGCAACUUGAUCUUCUAUCUUUGGAUUCUGUUGUGAGAUUUGCCGAAGCAUAUAAUGCUCGUAUGGGACCUUUACAUGUUCUUAUCAAUAAUGCAGGAAUAUUUUCCAUAGGAGAGCCACAAAAAUUUUCUAAAGAUGGUUAUGAAGAGCACCUGCAAGUGAAUCAUUUGGCACCUGCUUUGCUUUCAAUAUUACUCUUGCCAUCCCUUAUCAGAGGUUCCCCAAGCCGAAUAAUUAAUGUGAACUCCGUUAUGCACUAUAUUGGCUUUGUUGACACGGAAGACAUGAAUCUUGUUUCAUCGAAAAGGAAAUUCACAAGCUUAGUCGGAUACUCAAGCAGUAAGCUGGCACAGGUUAUGUUUAGCAGUGUUCUUCAUAAGAAGCUGCCUGUUGAAUCUGGGAUCAAUGUAGCUUGUGUGUCACCUGGGAUUGUUCAUACAAAUGUGGCAAGGGAUCUUUCAAAAUUCGUUCAAGCUGCUUAUGGCCUAAUUCCUUAUUUUAUCUUUAGUCCUCAAGAAGGUUCUAGAAGCACUCUCUUUGCAGCCACUGAUCCUCAAGUUCCAGAGUACUGUGAACUACUUAAAGCAGAUAACUGGCCUGUUUGUGCGUUUCUUUCCCAAGAUUGUCGUCCAACAAACCCUUCAGAAGAGGCACACAACGUUGAGACAUCUUACCAAGUGUGGGAGAAAACACUGGAGAUGGUUGGUUUGCCUUCGGAUGUGGUAGAGAGGGUGUUAGACGGGGAACAAGUUGCUUGUCGCUACGGAGCUCAUUCGGCUGACUAAUGUAUUUGAUAGACGAUGAUACUUUUGGGACACGAAGCAAUCAUCAAAUCAUACAUAACAACAAACAGAAACGAAGAUUUUGUUGUAUUAUUCAGUUCAAUUGCUAGCUAUUAAAAAACUUCUAUAUGUCGUUAGAUGGAUCUAGAGAGGAAUUAGAUGUAUAUUGGUACCUUUUUGUGGACGCCCCAUUGUGUUAUUAAGUACAAGUGAAGACUGGUACUUGGCCGGCGCCCCCUUAAUACGCAUUUUUAUCUACUUUAUAAUUUAUAAUAGUCGCUGAAGUAAUGAUGACAUUAAUAAUACCCUUCCUUUAUGUCAA